UGUGUGUGUGUGUGUGUGGUGAACGGGUGAAUGUUUUCAGCGACGCCUCCACUCUGUCACAUGAUCGGACUCCACAGGUGCCUCGUUUGCCUCCUCGUGUUUACAUCGAGGCAUUGCACCGCCGUCUAUAAGCGUCGCUCAGAGGCUGUGACGAACAACAGAAGCGCCCACGGUCGCGGCUCGUCCCGGUGACAGCACCUGAGGACGCUGCAGGAGGACGUGGACACGUCAGAGGGUUUAUUGUGCCGGUUGUAUAAACCUACAGAUGUGGACUUACAUGGACAAGCUGCUGGAUGGAGAUGGGACUCCACGUGUUGCUGUACUGGCCGAAUAUUAUUGGAUACAUCAGGAUCGGCCUUGUGUUUGCUGCGUGGGCUUCCUCUGAGACACCAGCAGCCUUCGUCCCUCUUUACUCGCUCUUCAUAGCACUUGAUGGAGUGGAUGGGUGGCUGGCGAGGAGGCUGGGCCAGAGCUCCAGGUUCGGGGCCUGGCUGGACGUAGCGGUGGACAAUCUGGGGAGAGGGAUGCUGUGGGGCCUGCUGUUCGAGUGGGGUUGGCUGGUGUCUGCACUGGAGUGGUGUGUGUUUGUGUGUAACCACAAUCCCAGAGGCGUCCACUGGAAGAACAGCUUCACCAGCAGCCCUCGGUUCAUUCAGGUCGUCAUGGCAAACGGGUUCCGGACACCACUGGGCACAUGGGUGGUGAGCGGGCUGCACUGCCUCCCUCUGUGGCUGUAUGGUUAUCAGCGGGGUUUCCUGUCUCACUGGUUCUAUCUACCUCUCUGGACCCAGGCCCUGGGGACCGUGCUGCUGGCUGCAGGCCGCUUGCUGGCUCUGUCUGUGGAGGUCUGGUGUUUAUGGACACACAUUGAAUAUCUCACUAACGAUGAGCCGGAGGAGAAAAACAACUGAAAACCUCGACUUUCACUGUCCCGUCUACACCCUGAUGUUAUUCCAUUACUUGUAGAUGAACAACGGACAGGAUCACUGCUCUGUGGUCACAUGAGCUGCAUUUUAACUUUUUGUUCUAUUGAAGAAAUGUGUUGUCAUUAUAUUUUUUUGAACCACCAUAUUGAAUGUAUCAGUCAGCAACAUCUGUAUCUGUACCUUUCACUUAUUUAUACUUUAAUAGGAAUUCAAUGUAUAUCUUGUAAACAUUUUUUUUAUGUAUAUAUACUUUUAGCUGUGACAUUGUUCAAAAUGCAUUGUGGGUAUUUAAGCUGGUGACUCUGCUCUUAAGUCUAAGGAAGGGCCUUGUGCUCGAAACGUCCCUGGUGGUAAAUCAAUCCUUCAGGAUCUUUGGAUGUACAGAUUUCUUUUUUUUAAUGUUUACUCGAUCCAGCGCCCAUGAACCAAUGAUUUUACUGGAUGUAGGUGUUCUUCUAAUUGUGUGAUAUGAAAACAACCAGCUAAACUCAUAUUCACACGUACAAGCAAUUUAGAGUCUCCGAUUAACUUGCGUUAUUUUUGGAUUGAGGGAGGAAGCUGGAGAAAAGCCGAACAGUCACGGGAAGAACUCCUUCUGGAAACACUCGAACUCGUAACCACCUUCCUGUGAGGCAACUGUACUGACCCUGUAUGGUUUAAUUUCUAGGAUGUUAAAGGUGCGAACACAAGAGAGAUCCAUGUGGUGAUUGUGAUCAAGGAUACAUUUUAAGUUUUAAUGUUUUUGCAGCUAACAGUGAAGCAGUAACAAGACAACAGUGAAACAUUCCCUCAUCACAUUUGAUGUCAGUCACCUCAUCUCAACUCUUUUGAGAGAGGAGAGAUCACAGCUUUAUUUAACAUUUGUCCAACGUCCACAGCAAGCCCACACCCUGACCCACCACCCCUCCUCCAGCCCUUACAACUAUUUCAUUCCCUUUCAGAUCUCAGUAGAUCACAAUGACAAUUCCAUGUUGUCAAGUCAAACCCUGUCUCCUACAUUCCACCAGUCAGCUGAUUUAUCACGGUCAUAUUAAAGGAAAGACACUCUCAAUACAUUUAAACACUGCUUUAAAAACACAUGUCUGAGUCCAUCUUUUUAAAUGUUCUCUUCUUUUUCCUGUCGGCCAAACAGAAUAUGUGACAUCGUGGUGAGACACUGAUACUUCAGCUUGAGUAUGGAGAGAAAACACUUCAUGUCAAAAUCAGUGGAAACAGGAGCUUUGUUGAACUUUUACAGGUGACACAGAGAAAUCUUUCUCCGCCACAGACCAGGAGUCUCUUGCCAGCGGGUAACCACAGCAGCUCUAACAGACCAGACUGCAGUUCAACAAGCAGAGAAAUGACCUUUGAUUAAAACACAGUCAGUGUAGCAGAGGGUGAGGCAGAAAGAACACAACAACAGCUAGUAUGGAAUUAACAUAUCUUAACCAUGUACGAGUAUCUCAGGCUCAAUUUUCCCCCAUUCAA